UCCCGAUGAGCGGUCUGUGGCGUUAUCGUUGCUUCAAUCAUCUUUGGAAAGCUGAAAUUCUGUCAGUUGCAAAGUAUCUGAAGUAAUUCCAAUUUCAUGCGGAAGAAGGUUCGUAGUAAAAUCUUCGGGCCCAAAUGGUCACAGCUGAAUUAUUUUGAGACCAGAAGUCACUCCAAUGAGUGCGUAACGUUGUUGUGUUGAAAUCCUAGGUUUGCUUCGUCGAUUCGAGGCACUAACCUAUCGACAAUGGUAACCAGUUGUGGCGUCCCUACGCCCGAUCUGGAUUCUUUGAUUGUGGACUCCUCGAGUCGAACCGGAACACCUUCACUGGCAUCAGGUGGCGAUGGAGUCCUGCCGAGGAAACGGUCGCGGCCUAGCGAGGCCAAGACGCAGAGUGGCGUGCAAGCGUCUUUACCUUCCGCGUCCGCCAGAAGCAGUCCGGUCCCUAACCGACCAUGCUGCGUCUCUCUCAUCGACUCGCCUGAAAAUCACGACAGAAGGUUGGCACAUCGACGAGCCGAGAAUCAGGAACUGAAAUCCUCGAGUGCGUCCUGCAGCCAUCGGAGAAAAAUGGCUCCUUCGUCGCUACGAAAUUGGUUAAUUCUGGGCAUUCUCCUCGUAUACCUUCACAACCUAAGUAUGGUGUUAGCGCAGUCAACAGCUGCGCAAGCAACGAUCACACCCUCAUCACAGUCUUCUACUCCGCACUAUUAUCCUGUUGGAAGCGGUGCGGUCUUUCAGCAACCGAACGCUUUCGGUGCGGAAAUACCGGAACUUGAGAUCACGUUCCGUUACUGUGGACCCGAUGGUGUUCUCAUCUACCAAAAGGGUGCCGGGCAAGCAUUUUGGACGCUUGGCUUCCUCAAUAACUAUCUAACGCUUCGUGUUCGACACCUGAACAGCGUGGCCAUAGCGCAGGUUUUUACGUAUCUUCAGCUUUCACCUGAAGCACUAUACAAAAUCCGAAUCAGCAGCAUUGGCGUAAGCAGACAGUUUCAAAUACACGUCAAUGACAGCCUGGUGAACGACACGGCAAUGAUACCAUCAUACGUGACCGAUGUCGCUAUAUUCAAUGGCUCCACGUCUAUUGGAGGCUACGAUGGUGAUGUACCUUCACUGGAGGAACCUUCUGGACUUUUGAAGGGCGCCGGUGCAUGUAUCGAGAGCAUUCGCACACCCAGAGGUCUAGUCGACUUGAGCCAGGCCUCCACACAGAACGGCACCUCACCUCGGUGCCCAGUCCAGGGCAGAGUCUGCGCGGGGUUUUUAAAGCCUCGGUCCACCGCCACCUUCACGGAUACCAGUGCCUACGUAGCUAUAUGGCGCCCGUUGCAAGGUGGAAUCACCAAGAGAACGCGUGUAGAGUUGGAGAUCAGCACUGGAGCCUCUAGUGGACUGAUAUUCUUCAGCGGCAGCGUGACAAAUGCCAAGGUGUUCAUCGCGGCGUACGUCACUAGUGGCCGUGUCGCGCUGCAGACCUACUUCACACACUCCAGCAUCGUCAGCUCCAGCGUGGUGGUGAACGAUGGCGCGUUGCAUCGUCUGGUCAUCGAGCACUUUGCGGGUACGAAGCGAGUGGACCUGACGGUGGACGAUAUCACUAUCUCCAAUACGCCUGGAGGAGCUCCACGAACCCAGCUGCACAUCGAGAACCCGCUCUUCAUCGGUGGCUUUGACGAUCCGUCGCGUUACCCCGGCGUGGCUGUGGGGACAUCUUUUCUGGGCUGCAUCAGUGAAGUGAGAAUCUCAGAGACCAUUGGUGUUAGCCCGGCUCUGGUCAAUCUCACAACCCAUUCAAGCACUUCAAGAUCGGUGAUCUUUGAUCAGUGUCUACCGGAGCGGACGUGCAGUCCAGCCUGCACGGGGACUGGCAUGGCCUGCAACUACACAUGUGGGUGUACAUCAGGGUAUACCACUUUCACCAUGCCCAUACCGGGUGACAGCAGCUCUACAAUCACAGUAUGUAUGGAGGAUAACGAAUGUUCCAGUAGCCCGUGCCAGCACCAGUCAACAUGCACGGAUGGUAUCAACGGUUAUAUAUGUACUUGUACACCUGGGUACACAGGGCCUGAGUGCCAGACGGAAAUCAACGAGUGUCAGCCAUCGCCGUGCAGCAAUGGCGGCACGUGUACCGACAUGGUGAACGCCUAUGCGUGCACGUGUGCGCUGGGCUUUACGGGACGCGACUGCGAGACCAAUGUGGACGAUUGCGCCGACGGUAAUGUGACAUGCCUGCACGGCUCCACCUGCGUGGAUGGCGUUGCAUCAUACUCGUGUUCCUGUGCACAGGGCUAUACUGGCCUGAGCUGUGAGACGGACGUGAACGAAUGUGCGUCGAGUCCGUGCGAGAACGGAGGCAACUGCCUGGACAUGGUCAAUGGGUACGCGUGCAAUUGUACGGCAGACUUCCGUGGUGUGAUGUGCUCGAUCAACGUCGAUGCGUGCGAUUCGGAUCCGUGCAUGAACGGGGCUGCUUGCCGUGACCUGCCACUCGGGUUUCUAUGCACAUGUCUGCCUGGGUACACAGGUAGCAACUGCGAGACGGAUAUCGAUGAAUGUAAGAGCAGUCUGUGCAUGCACGGAGCUACCUGUGUUGACCAGGUGAACGCGUACCGGUGCAUCUGUGCAGAUGGUUACACGGGGCAGUUCUGCGGGACGGACAUAAACGAGUGUUUGUCUCAUGACUGUCAGAAUAAUGCCACAUGUGUGGACGCAGUCAACUCCUACAGGUGUGCAUGUGCAGAAAGCUGGACUGGCAGUCGAUGUCAAGUAGAUGUGGACCAGUGCUACUCAUCACCGUGUAUCAAUGGAGCCACUUGCGUCGACGGUCACAAGCAAUUCUCCUGUCAGUGUGCGGCUGGAUGGACGGGCGUAACAUGCCAAGUUGAGAUCAAUGAAUGUGAAUCGCAGCCGUGCCGUAACAAUGCAACGUGUGUGGAUCAACUAGCGUCAUACCAGUGCAGCUGCGCCCCGGGGUAUACCGGCGUGGAUUGCCAAACAAAUGUUGACGAAUGCGCGUCUGACCCGUGCCACCACCAGGGCACGUGUGUGGAUGGGGUGAACUCGUUCACGUGUCGUUGCAAUUCAGGUUUCCUGGGCCCACUGUGUGACGCAGAUGUGGAUGAAUGUAUCUACCUGUUGCCGUGUCGCAACGGUGCAACGUGCUCCAAUCUACCGCUUGGCGGGUAUCAGUGUCAUUGUCAGGUCGGCUAUACAGGUCCGGAGUGUCAGACGGAGCUCGUGGAGUGUGCGUCCGGUCCGUGCAUGAACAAUGCUACGUGUGCUGAUUUGCUGGGAGGCUAUCGGUGUAUGUGUAGUGAUGGCUGGACUGGUACGCACUGUGAGAGCAACAUUGAUGAAUGCCAGAGCGCUCCCUGCAGCAAUGCGGGAACCUGUGUGGACGGCGUCGGUAUGUUCACGUGUACCUGUCCACACGGUUACACCGGUGCACGCUGUCAGACGAAUAUCAAUGAAUGUGCGUCCACGCCAUGCCAACAUGCCGGUCAGUGUGUGGACAUGAUCGAUGGCUUCACUUGCCAGUGCUCUUUAGGCUAUACAGGUGCCUUGUGUGAAACAGUCAUAGACAACUGUGCUUCAACACCAUGCAGUACUGCAUACGGUACUUGUUCCAAUAUGGUGGGUGCCUAUCAGUGUCACUGCCAGGCUGGAUAUACAGGCACACACUGUGAGACGGAUAUAGAUGAAUGUGCCUCGUCACCAUGCUUGCACGGCGGUACGUGUGUGGACCUGAUGAACCAGUACCGGUGCAUGUGCCCGCGUGGCACCAGGGGAGAGCGCUGCCAGGCGGACGUGCGGGAGUGCCUGUCGGCGCCGUGCCAGAACAAUGCCACGUGUGUGGAGCAAGUCGGUGGCUACAGGUGUGCUUGUCAGACCGGGUACUUUGGAGUGGCGUGCGCGGACGACUUUGACGAGUGCUCCAGUGACCCAUGCCAGAACAAUGCCACUUGCAGUCAGUAUAUUGGCGGUUUCAGCUGCGCUUGUCCUGCAGGUGUGACGGGCACGCGCUGCGAGAUUGAUGUGGAUGAAUGUACGUCGGGAAUUGGACCGUGUGCUUCGCCCGGUACUGAAAUGUGUGUGAACACGUACUCAUCGUAUGAGUGCAGUUGCAAGCCUGGUUUCACUGAUGCCCUCUGCCGGACGGAGAUUGAUGAAUGCGCCAGUGAUCCGUGCGUGAACAAUGCCACGUGCGCAGAUCAAGUCGACGGGUUUACGUGCACCUGCGUCAGCGGCUGGACGAACACGACGUGCGACGUGGAAAUCGACGAGUGUCAGUCCGCGCCGUGCCAGAACAAUGGAAGCUGCGUUGAAAUGUUUGAUGGUUAUGCGUGCUCGUGCCUACACGGGUACACCGGUAGUCACUGUGAGACGGAUAUUGAUGAAUGUGCUAGCAUGCCGUGCCGGAACAAUGCAACGUGUCAUGAUGAUGUGGCCCUAUACCAGUGCGAGUGCGUAGCCGGUUACUCCGGGCUAACUUGCCAGGAGAACAUUGAUGAAUGUGCUAGCUGGCCAUGCUCUGCUAACGGUACCUGCCAGGACUUGAUCAAUGGCUUCGUCUGCGCCUGCGAUCGAGGCUACAACGGCACUCUGUGUGAGAAUGACAUCAAUGAGUGUCACGCAAUGCCGUGUGAUUCUCGAGCGACGUGUAUCAACACGGCUGGAGCGUUUGGUUGCGCAUGCGCUCCCGGCACGACCGGUUCCCUAUGCAGCAUUGAUAUUGACGAAUGCAGUUCAGAACCGUGCCGAGGGAACAGCACAUGUCGGAACGGAGAUAACAUGUUCACGUGCCAGUGUCAGCCUGGCUGGACGGGUGUCCUGUGCGAUGUUGAAAUCAACGAAUGUGCGUCGGAUCCGUGCCUGCACGGCGCGACGUGUAUAGACAUGGUUGCAGGGUACGGGUGCAUCUGUGCCACGGGAUUCACCGGAGUCACGUGCCAGACCAAUAUUGAUGACUGCAUCCCGCAGCCUUGCCUGAACCGGGGCACCUGUGUUGACUUGGUGAAUGACUAUCAAUGUAACUGUCCUGUGUAUCUAACUGGAGCCGUGUGCCAGCUGGACAUCAACGAGUGUGCACCGCAGCCCUGCAGAAACUCUGCAACGUGCGUGCAAACGCCGCUACCUAUACCAUUGGAAAAUAGCAACGAGACAGCUGCGUUGACAGUGCCGCCGACGCCUGCUUCGGAGGCAUCCACAACAAUGCCGGUGUUCAAUUCCAGCACGUGGUCUGGAUACCAGUGCCAAUGCGUGCCUGGUUUCACGGGUUCAACGUGUAAUGUGAACAUAGAUGAAUGCUCGUCCAGUCCAUGUCAGAACAGUGCUACGUGUCUGGAUCAGAUCAACGGGUACUCAUGCAUGUGUGCGUCAGGCUACACCGGGACGCAUUGUGAAGUGCAGUACCAGGCCAGCUUUCCCAGUGCACCCACCUACCUAUUGUACAGCAACGGUGCCAAGGUGACCAUGCUCAGCUGGGAGUUUGCUACUCUGUCCAGAGACGCGGUGAUUCUCUAUGCUGCCGGGACUGCCAAGGUGCAAGGUCUGGCCGACCAUCUGCUUGUCGAGCUUGUCAACGGCUCAGCCAGAGUCUCGAUAGACACUUACCUGCAACCAAAGUCCACGACAUUCAAGGGAAGCUUCCUGGCCGACGGUGCAUUCCACCGAAUAACCCUGGCACUGAGUGAGCAGCCGCAGCUAACCAUCAGUAUUGACAACGUCAACCAAACACUGACACCGCCGAGUGGGACAUCUCUAGAGGUGAAUGGACAGUAUUAUCUAGGCGGUGUUAAGACAUGGACAGCCAUCACCGAGUCACUGUUGCUUUCACGAAACGGACUCGUUGGCUGCAUCGUCAACUUUGCAGUCAAUGGCAAGGCGAUCAGUUUAGACACACUGGCAACACCCAGUACCGCACCGCUUGGAAUCGGCUGUACACGUGGACCAGCGUGCACCGCAUCGACCUGUAGGAACGGUGGUACGUGUACCGAGACAUGGUCAUCCACAAGCUGCCAGUGCCCGGGGGGCCUCACAGGACAGCACUGUGAGGAGCUGGUGUCAGUGCAUUUUGAUGGGAACUCGGCACUGGUGCUUGACAGUGUGAGGAGCAGGAUAACGUUUGAUUUCACCACGCUGAUGACAGAUGGCCACAUCAUGUCACUGGUCUCCACUGUUUGGGAUAACUCUGCGUUCUCCGUGAGCAUCGUCGGAGGUCGCAUCCAACUCCUCUCUGUGAAUACGUCAGGUGUUGCGGAGACAGCCACGCACACUGUUCGGGUGUCCGAUGGAAACUGGCAUACGGUGACGGUGGUGGAGUCGAAGGAGGGCAUUGCAGUGUCGGUCGAUUCCAGCAGUCAAUGUGUUGGAUCUACGUGUGUACUGCUCGGGCCAGCAUUGGGCUUGCCGGAACUAGCUGUGUUUGGAAGCAUUACAAACGUUUCACGUAGCUCAAUCAGCACUGUACAGCCACGCCUGACAUUCGGUGGCUGCAUUCGAAACAUCCUCAUUAACACCACAGCACCAGUUGACCUUGGACUGGCUAUAUCAGGCUCAGCUGCUCUCUCGCAGGCACUCUCAGCGAAUCAGCAAUCGCUCAGAACUCCGUCAUUGGGCUGCCCCAGGGAGAGUAUGUGUGCAUCACAGCCAUGUGCUAAUUCUGGUACCUGUGUGUCGACAUGGCUGGGUUACGAGUGCCAGUGCACGGGUAACUACGCUGGAAGCCAGUGUCAGAUAGCUUCGUCGCUAACAUUCAAUGGUCAGAGUAGCUAUGUGAUGUACAAGGUGACAUUCGGACCUGCCACAUUCGGCACCAGUGGGUCGUUUGAGUUCCGAACACGGAGUGGUGGCGGUCAACUGAUGUACGCCAAAGGUCCGGCGUCCUCUUUUGGCGUGUUUGAUUUCAUUCUUAUUGAAAUGGUCAACGGCAUGUUGCAGCUGAAGGCUACACUUGGUUCAGGAAUUGGCACAAUAAAGUUGCAACAGGCAGUGAACGACGGCGCAUGGCACCACCUGUACUGGAGCAGAAGCGGCAAGGUAUUCAACAUGACUCUGGACGGGCUUUAUCGUGUUUCCGGUUCCACACCGGGUCCGUACAACGUCUUGCAGGUGAUCCAGUCUGGAGUCACACUUGUUCACGUUGGCUCCCUGCCUCCGGGGUCUACAGAUACAGUUUUUGAUUCCAACAGUCCGUAUCGUGGAUGUCUACGCUCGGUGACAUUCGACGCGCUCAAAGCUCCGUUCUACGCCACGGUUGGCUAUGGUGUAGUGCCCAGUCUUCUUAACACGGUCUCUGGCUGCCAGCCUAGCGACGUGUGUGCAUCCAACCCAUGCAUGGGCAACUUCAGCACGUGCGUGGAUCAGUUUGAGGCGUUUUCGUGCGUUUGUCAGCCCGGUAGGACUGGGAGCCUGUGCGAGAUUGACGUUGAUCUUUGCGCCGACGGGCCAUGCGCUAAUGGUGGUAGCUGUACUGAGGACCGCAGCGGACUCUCCAUCACCUGCUCGUGUGUUCCUGGCUACACGGGUACAACAUGUGAGACGAACAUUGAUGAAUGUCUGCAGCAGCCGUGCAUGAACAAUGCAACGUGUACAGAUCGUGUUAAUGCCGUGAUGUGUAGCUGUGCUGCUGGUUACACUGGGAUGUUCUGUGAUGUUAACGUUGAUGAAUGUCAGUCGGGACCAUGCUUUGGCAAUGCUACGUGCGUUGAUGGCAUCGCGUCCUUCAGCUGUGCCUGCCCAGCCUCGCACACCGGACGCCUGUGCCGGACGGACGUGGAUUUCUGCGCGCCGCGUCCGUGCGCCAACCACUCGACCUGCCUGGACGGAGAGUUCACCUUUGCGUGUGCCUGCUCUCCAGGCUAUACGGGGAGACUGUGCGACGGCAACGUAAACGAGUGUCUCGUGAACCCGUGCCUCAACAGUGGAACGUGCCUGGAAAUCCUGCCGCACAAUGACCUGGGCUCCGGAUCUGGCUCUGGCGAUAAUAUGAUUGUCCACGCAUCCAACUUCACCGGUGGACAUACGUGUGCGUGUCUGGAUGGGUUCGCUGGCCGGGACUGUGAGCGCGAUGUGUGCGCCGAGCUUGCGUGCAGAAGCGGUGGAACGUGCGUGCGCGGCAGUCAGUCCGCGUUCUGCAGCUGCCCGAUCGGUCACAACGGGACGAGCUGCGAGAAUGAUCUCUGCGCGUUGCUGAACUGCCAGAACCAGGCGGCGUGCGUGCCGAGCAUGAAUUCCGCCAUGUGCCUAUGUCCCAGCGGGUUCAACGGCAGCCGGUGUGAGCAUGACCUGUGUUUGUUGGCUGCUUGUACAAACGGCGCAACGUGUGUCACAGGUGUGAACACUGCCUCGUGUUCAUGCCUCCCGGGUUUCAGCGGCUCCAGUUGCCAGAAUGACUUGUGCGCUAUGCUUGCAUGCAGCAACGGGGCUACAUGUCAGACGGGCGCAGGCACGGCCGAAUGCCUGUGCCCGCCGGGUGUCAACGGAACAAGCUGCGAAACUGACCUGUGCGCAGUGCUCAGCUGCGAGAACAACGGAACAUGCGUACGUGAUGUGCUCUCUGCCACGUGUAGCUGUCCCGCAGGCGUGAACGGAACACGGUGCGAGAAUGAUCUCUGCCAGCAGCUUGGCUGUAGAAAUGGUGCUGCGUGCAUUGCCGGAGUGAACUCUGCAGUGUGUGACUGCCUACCUGGAUUCAAUGGCACACAGUGCGAGAAUGAUCUCUGCCAGCAGCUGGGCUGCAGGAAUGGUGCUGCGUGCAUUACCGGCGUGAAUUCUGCAGUAUGUGACUGCCUGGCGGGAUUCAAUGGCACACAGUGCGAGAAUGAUCUCUGCCAGCAGCUGGGCUGCAGGAAUGGUGCUGCGUGCAUUACCGGCGUGAAUUCUGCAGUGUGUGACUGUCUCCCGGGAUUCAAUGGCACACAAUGCGAGAAUGAUCUCUGUCAGCAGCUGGGCUGUAGGAAUGGUGCUGCGUGCACUACCGGCAUGAACUCUGCAGUGUGUGACUGCCUACCUGGAUUCAAUGGGACACAGUGCGAGAAUGAUCUCUGCAGUCACUUAGCAUGUCAGAAUGCAGCAACAUGUGUUACCGGUCUGAACUCUGCGCUGUGUCAGUGCGACUUGGGUUUCAACGGCUCUCGCUGCGAGAACAACCUGUGCGACCAACUGGGCUGUCAAAACGGAGCUACAUGCGUACGUGGUCUGAACUCUGCGCAGUGUUUGUGCGCUGAUGGUUAUAAUGGGUCACGGUGCGACAACGACCUGUGCGCAGAGCUCGCCUGUCAGAACGGUGCCCAGUGCUUAGCGGAUAUGGACACUGCGCAGUGCAAUUGCUCUGCUGGUUAUGACGGUUCGCGCUGCGAGAACGACCUCUGUGCUCAGCUCUCGUGCCAGAACGGCGCUACGUGCGUACGCGGUGCAAGCACAGCGCGUUGUCAGUGUCCGCUCGGUUUCAACGGCACACAGUGUGAGAGCGACCUGUGCCAGUUGCUUGCGUGUUCUUCUGCCGGCGGCAUAUGUGUCGCAGAGCAGGGCAGCGCAUACUGUCAGUGUAGCACAGGCUACUAUGGCGACAGCUGCCAUGGCAACUUCUGCCAGGAUUUGAACUGCUCGGCGACGAGCGCACGGUGCCUUGCCAACGCCUCAGCUGCGCUGUGCGAUUGCGACCCAGGGCAUGUCGGUGUUCAGUGCGAGACAGACCUCUGCCAGGAGUCACCGUGCCUGAACUCGGGUACGUGCAUGCGCCUGGACGGUGCACACCUGUGCCAAUGCUCACCGCGAUACAACGGCAGUCAAUGCGAGUAUGACACGUGCUCAGCAGUGUCGUGCCUGAACGGAGGCACGUGCACAGAAUCCACAACGGGAGUGGAGUGCAUGUGCCGACGUGGUUACAAUGGUUCUAGCUGCGAGCAAGACUUGUGUGACAUUCUCAACUGUGUUCCUCAUCAAAGUUUCUGCCUGGAGGGUGAGCUGUGUGAGUGUUUCCCGGGCUUCUUCGGCGACCGCUGUGAGAUCGACCUGCAGGACCUGUGCGAUUGUCAGAACAAUGCCACGUGCCUUACCGGAGUGGACGGUGGUAGCGGCUAUGUCUGCAGCUGUCAGCAGGGCUAUACGGGGGUGAGCUGCGAAACGUUCAUCGACCAUUGCACGGCCAGCAGCUGCAGUGGACACGGAGUGUGCAUGAACGGUACACUGGGAUUCUCGCAUACGUGUAACUGCACUAGUGGCUAUGCCGGCGGCGAGUGCGAGAUUGAAAUAAACGAGUGCACCACGGGAGUACACAACUGCAACCCGGUCUCGACUGCUCGUUGCGAGAACACUGCUGGAUCAUACCGGUGUGUCUGCAGCGCUGGAUUCGAAGGUGACACGUGCGCUAUCGACAUCAACGAGUGUGAUGUGCUGGAUCCGUGCACUAACAGCGGAAACUGCACCGACCUAGUUGCAGACUAUGCAUGUCGAUGUGGUGCCGCGUACACUGGCAGGAACUGCUCGGUGGAGAUUAAUGAGUGUGAGGUGGCCCCGUGUCAGAACAGUGCAACGUGUUUAGAUCUUAUUGGCCAGUACGAGUGCAUGUGUUCAGCCGGAUUCACUGGACUGCAGUGCGAAACAAACAUAGAGGAAUGUGCUUCGGAGCCGUGCGGGAACAACGGAACAUGUACGGACGGUAUCGACUCGUAUUCAUGUACUUGCACCGCUGCCUGGACUGGCAUGCACUGUGAUUCUGAUGUGAAUGAAUGUGCGAGUGCAGACGACUCGUCAACCGAUCUCUGCAACUUUGGAACGUGUAAUAACUAUGACGGUGGGUUUAACUGCUCGUGCAUGACAGGGUACGAAGGUCCGCUCUGCAGUCGUGACGUGAAUGAAUGUGCAAUGGAACCGCCAGUCUGUCAGAACAACUUCACGUGUGCGAACUCAGCCGGAGAUUACAUGUGUACGUGCGCUGCACCGUACAGUGGCAAGCACUGUGAGGUCUACACCGACCCGUGCUCGCUGACAUCGUGCAUGCGUAACGGCACGUGUACGCCCGUCGGUGCACGUGCAAUUUGUACAUGCCCAGUGGCGUUCACCGGAGAGCGAUGCGAGACGUUCGUAGACCCGUGUGUUCGCGUGCCCUGCCGGAAUGGCGCAACAUGUACAUCGUCUGAGGACACCGGCGAUGCAUUCCAGUGCUCGUGCAGCUUGGGAUAUACAGGAGAAACAUGUCAGACUGACAUCGAUGCAUGUCUGAUGCAGCCCUGCUUCAACAAUGCCACGUGCAUCGAUCAGCCUGGUGCCGGAGGUGUUGCGUGCAGCUGUGCAAGCGGAUUCACUGGCGUCCUUUGUGAUGAUGUCAUUGAUGACUGUACGCCGGGCGUGUGCAGCAACGGUACCUGUAUAGACCUGCACAAUGACAUACGCUGUGACUGCUUCAUUGGCUAUACUGGUCAGCGCUGUACUGUGGACAUUGAUGAUUGUGCCAACAUGCCAUGUCUCAACAAGGGGCAGUGUACCGACGCAAUCGACUCCUAUUCAUGUGCUUGUGCGGCUGGUUUUACUGGCUCGAACUGCGAGACCAACGUCAACGAUUGCGGACAUUCGCUGUGCGAGAACGGUGCCACGUGUGUGGACGGAGUGGCAAACUAUACGUGCGAGUGUCCACGCUGCUUCUAUGGAUCUCACUGUGAAUCGCAGUUGGAUUUCCACACCUGCUAUGGGUGUCAGUGUGCCAACGGUUCUACCUGCGUACCAUCACCCACGUUCAACCAGUCUAUGGGUAGUGGUGAUGGUGCAACGGAGUGUCUCUGCUCGCCGGGCUACAACGGAUCCAGAUGUGAACUGGAGAUCAAUGAAUGCCUGGCUGCGCCCUGUGCUGCGGACGCCACAUGCGUUGACAUGAUCAAUGCAUUUGCCUGCCUGUGCGCCCAGGGUACGACCGGCGAUCGCUGCCAUACCGAAAUAGACUACUGCACCCCAGAGCCGUGCGUAACGGGAAACUGCAGCUCGUCGCGGCAAGGCUUCGCGUGCCUGUGUCCGGCGGGACAAACUGGAAGCGUGUGUGAGACCGAUAUCAACGAAUGUGCCAGCAACCCGUGCCAUGAGUCCAUGUGUGUCAACGGCAAAGACAUGUUCAUGUGCGUGUGUCCGGCUGGCAUGACCGGGGUGCUGUGUGAUGCGGAAAUUGAUGAGUGUAUGUCAUCGCCGUGUGGUGCACUCGGAAACUGUACGGAUGGUGACAACGGCUACAGUUGUACGUGUAUCGCAGGUAUCACGGGUACUCACUGCCAGACUGACGUUGAUGAAUGCGCUACCGUGCCGUGCAUGGGCAAUUCAACGUGUCUUGAUCAGCUGGACGGUUAUCUGUGUAUGUGCGAAACCGGCCUGACGGGAUUACAAUGCCAGAGUGACAUCGACUACUGCCUUCCUGGACCGUGUCAGAACGAAGCGACGUGCGUGGAUGGUCGCACUACAUACACCUGUAUGUGCCCUGUAGCUUUCACAGGGAGUCAGUGCCAGACGGAUAUUGACUACUGCGCUGGCGCGGGUUCCGGCAGCCUAUGUCAGAAUUCCGGAGUGUGUAUAGACGGCGAGACAAACUACACCUGCAAGUGUGCGCUAGGAUUCACCGGAUCACGCUGUGAGAUCAACAUUGAUGAUUGUGUAAAUGGCACGUCGGGAGCGAGCCUCUGCUUGAACAACGCGACCUGCACGGAUCUAACGAGUGACUUCAGCUGUGCCUGCGAGCCUGGCUUCACCGGCUCAGUGUGUCAGACGGACAUUGAUGAUUGCGUAGGCGUGAUGUGCAGUAACAACGGCACUUGUGUCGACGGCACGGCCAAGUUCACCUGCUCGUGUGAUACUGGCUUCCACGGUAGACUGUGCGAGGACAAUCCUGACGAUUGCCGGCCCGGCGUGUGUAACAACGGCACGUGCGUGGAUGGCCUGGACGAGUUCUCCUGCACGUGCGCGCCAGGGUUUACGGGAUCACGCUGUCAACACGACGUGGAUGAAUGUAUGUCGCAACCGUGCGCCAGUAACAGCACCGACCGCUGCAUCAACAACAUCAACGCCUUCCGGUGUGCGUGCAGCGCCGGUUUCACGGGUUUGCUGUGCCAGACAAACAUAAACGAGUGCUCCAGUGAGCCGUGUGUGAACAAUUCUACGUGCACGGAUCUGAUUAAUAGCUACACAUGCCAAUGUGCGCCCGGGUAUACGGGUACCCACUGUGAGACAAACAUCAAUGAAUGUGAGCCGAUGCCAUGCAACAACAAUGGAACCUGCACGGACCAGGUCGAUGGAUUCAGGUGCAGCUGUGCCCCGGGGUACACUGGUGCGACGUGUGAUCAAAUACACGACUUGUGUGUGGCAUUGACGCCGUGCCAGAACCAGGCAACGUGCGUGUUCUCUGCGCCGUCACGCGUUGACUGCAUGUGUGCAGCGGGCUACACUGGACGGGAGUGCGAAACGAAUUUCGACGAGUGCACCUCCAACCCAUGCUUUCCUGGCAGCACCUGUGUCGACGGCAUCGCCAACUUCACCUGUGGCUGCACGGCGGCGUACAGUGGAGGACUGUGCGAGGUUGAGGUGGAUCCGUGCGUCACUAGUAACCCGUGUGAGAACGGAGGCACCUGCACAUCACCUGGUGUCGGACUCUUCAACUGCUCCUGUCCACUAGGGUGGUCCGGCGUUAACUGUUCGGUUGAUGUUGACGAAUGUGCUGCCAUACCAUGUAGGAACAAUGCGACGUGUGUGGAGAGUGGUUCAUCGUCAGCGACGUCAUCCUCGCCUCCUAAGGUUCCUAUCGGUGCGUAUGUGUGUCUGUGUCCUGGUGGUGUGACUGGUAUGGACUGCGAAAGUAACAUUGCCUGCGACAGCUCGCCGUGUGCCAACAACGGCACCUGCCAGUUGGAGUCUGUGACUGGUUACAGCUGCGCAUGCCAGGCUGGCUUCACUGGUCCACACUGUCAGACUAAUAUUGACGAGUGCACACCAUUGCCCUGUGCAAACAAUGCCACCUGCCAUGACGGGAUCAACGGCUACUUGUGCGAGUGUCCACCCGAUUACACUGGCGUUCAUUGCGAAACGCAGAUCAAUGACUGCGCCAACGUUACCUGCGCAAACCAAGCAGUGUGCAUCGAUCUCGUUGAGGAUUUCCACUGCUCCUGCUUGCUGGGCUUUGCCGGUCGCUACUGUCAAGUUAAUGUUGAUGAGUGUGUGAAUGUGACCUGUAGUCACCAUGGUCGCUGUGUUGAUGGUAUUGCGUCGUUCUCCUGUGACUGCGAUGCGGGAUUCACCGGACGGGACUGCCAGACGGACGUCGACCACUGUCACAAUGUGACGUGUCGCAACAACGGAACGUGCGUGGACGGUGUGCUGAACUUCACAUGUGCCUGUGUGCGUGGCUACAGUGGCGCCCUGUGCGAAGUGAACGAUGAUGAAUGCAGCAACGUGACUUGUGCAAACGGUGGCUCGUGUGUGGACGGAGUGGCAUCAUUCACGUGUACGUGUGCGCCAGGGUAUACUGGGCAGCUGUGCGAGAGCAACAUCAAUGAAUGUGCAUCAUCACCGUGUAUGAACGGCUCGUGUACGGACGGCAUCGACGGCUAUGCUUGUCUGUGCUUGCCUGGCUUUACGGGAACACACUGCGACCAGAAUGUGAACGAGUGUGUGUCUGAGCCGUGCUCGAAUAACGCCACGUGCGUGGAUCUGAUCAACGCAUACUCCUGCUCAUGUGCACCAGGGUUCACGGGAAUGCUGUGUGAGACGAACAUCGACGAGUGCCAGAGUUCACCGUGCGGAGCGGGCAACACGUGUGUGGAUGGCGUGAAUGGCUACGUUUGUCAAUGCAGCGUGGGACUGAGCGGCAAGCACUGUCAGACGGACGUCGACUACUGCCAGCAGGGAAUGUGUAUGAACGGCGCGUCGUGUCUGGACGGUUCCGGAUCGGGAUUUGCCUGCGUGUGCGCAGCUGGGUACACGGGCAUGCUCUGUGAAACUGACAUUGAUGAAUGCAGUAACAACACCUGCGCCAAUGGUGCUACAUGCGUCGACGGAAUUGAUGCUUACACGUGUGCGUGUGCAGCCGGGUACACAGAUGCGUACUGUGAUAUCAACAUCAACGAAUGCUCGUCGAAUCCCUGUUCGGCGUUCUCCAACUGUACGGAUCUGGUCAGUGGCUACACAUGUGAGUGUGAUGCAGGGUUUACUGGUGUUCACUGUGAGACUGAUGUGGAUGAUUGUGCUGCCCAGCCAUGUGCCCAGCACUCUACAUGCACCGAUGCCAUCAACUCCUUCAUGUGUGCAUGUGCAGUCGGGUACACUGGUGCCACGUGCAGUAUCGAACUCAAUGAGUGUGACUCAUCUCCCUGCGUAAAUGGUACCUGCACCGACCUUAUUGCGGGAUACAGGUGCGGAUGUGUGGCUGGUUUUACCGGCAGCCGUUGUGAGACAGAACUGAAUGAAUGUGUCUCCGACCCAUGCCUCAACUCCGCCACGUGCGUGGAUUUAGUCAACGCGUAUCGCUGUGUCUGCAGCGCUGGAUUCACCGCGGCAAACUGCUCCGUCAACAUUGACGACUGCCAGCCGAGUCCGUGCGUGCGCGGCAUGUGCAUGGACUCAGUGGCGUCGUACUCGUGCGUGUGUCCUCCUGGAUUUACCGGCGCUCAGUGUCAGACGGACAUUGACGAGUGUCAGAGUAUGCCGUGUGGACAACGUGGUGCGUGUCUGGACGCGGAGAAUGGCUACAGCUGUCGGUGCGAGGCCGGCUUCACGGGAGCGCACUGCCAAACGGACAUCAAUGAGUGUACUGCAAGACCGUGUGAGGGCGAUAACAGUACGUGUACGGAUCUAGUGAAUGCAUUCCGCUGUGCCUGUCAAGCCGGGCUAACUGGUGAUAGGUGUGAACAGGAUGUGGAUGAGUGUUUGCCUAUGCCAUGUCUCUACGGUGGCACAUGCACACAGCCGGUGCUGAACGAGUUUGUGUGCCAAUGCCCGGUAGGCUACACAGGCGUACGGUGCCAGUCGCUCAUAUGCAAUCCGGACGCGCCGGAUGAUGCGGAGCGCUACGACAAUCAAGAUGAGUGCGCCCCGUCGGAGCCGCUGUGUAUCCGGGGCACCUGCCGAAACCUGUGCUUCAACUACACCUGCGACUGCGAGGAGGGGUACGAAGGACGUCACUGCGAGAACGCCAGGGCUGUCGUUGGCGGCGACUCGAAUGCAGUGUCCACAACCACCAUUGUCAUCAUCGUGGUGGUGGUUGUUGUCGUCCUGCUCAUUCUUCUUGUCCUGAUGGGCUUGUAUCGUCGAAAGCAGAGAGGCAAGCUCUCUGGUUCGUACAGCCCAAGUAGUGUAGAGGGCAAUGGAGCUGACCUUGAUGACUUGGACGUGGAAGAAGAGCGGCUCAUCUGAACACAAUGACCAGGACUCGUACACAAGCACCCAGCAAGCCACAGUAGUGGGUCCAUUGUUAUUAGGUGUAUGCCUGUUUUGACUCCCACUGCAAUUGUAUAUCAACAAUAACAAACUAGUACACUGACGCUGAGUCUCACAAAUCCAUAGACUGUACAUCACUGUUACAAGAAGUGCACACAUGUACUGGAAAAGUGAAGUCUCUCACAAAAGCCAACAGUAUGCAAUAGAACUAACUUCAACUCAGUUUUCACCAUAAUAGAACUAAACCAAGCCAAUUUGAUUCGUAGAUCAGUGCUUAUGUCCUGCACGGAACCUUGAGAUUUUGCUACAUGCUUUAAAUGUAGUCUAUAUACUGAUAUGCUAGCUUUGACUCGUUUGAUCUGCUGUAGGCACGUGUUGGAGUCCGCUUGAGGGCAUUAGGGGGCUUCGAGACUCUCUGAACACACUAUGGGCUGGAUGAACAGAGAGCCUCGUGGUCACAUACAUACAAUGCAAUGAACUUGUGCUGGUGUAUGUUGCUCUACACCUGACAAUGCUAUGAUCAUAAUAAUUUUAAACAUACUUUCAUAAUACUGUAAGUAUUGCCGCUAGCAUUGGAUUGAGGGACGAAUGACUCUCUGCUCUCACGCUCACUGUUGCCACUGUUGCCAGUGUUGCCAUUAUGCUUUCUAUGUCCAUUGUUAUAAUGCUUUCAAUUUGAUGAUAUUUACCUUGAAGAGUAAAGCUGUUACAAAGCUGCAAAAUA